AUGACCCACCGCGAUAAUGCCUUGCUAGCCAAGUACCUCAAGGGGGAAGAGGACAGGGGGUACGUCAGGACGCACUACUUCAAAAAAGUGGAGGGGAAUAAUGUGGAAUCCAAUUUGGCCAGGCUGGAAAAAAUGUUCCUCCCAGAUGAUAUAUUCCUAGACGUGUACAUAAAUGAAAAGGAAAAAAAUAAUUUUGAUUUUUACCUGAACAAUUUAAUUGAUGAGAGGAGGAGGACGAUCGACUUUUUGAGCAGCUGGACACACAUCGAGGUCAGCAACGUUUACAGCUACAUCCUUUAUGACAACGCUUCCUGCAGCAACGUGAUGGAUGAGAGGAAGGGGCACCUGGUGCUGAAGCUGAAAUACACAAAUGAAAAUAAAACGAUUACUUCCUACUUUAAGGUGCACUGCCGGAAUGUGAAGUGGGAGAGCGAGAAGAAGGUCUGGCACAUCCCCAUCUUUUACAUCUACGAGAUGACCAAGCUCACCAUUUUUCUGGGCGGCACCGUCAGCGACACCGUUCUGUACUACGUCUGCAAGUUGUUUAGCCACUUCGCCUCUGCGCGGGGGGUGGGCGGCAAGGCGGGCGGCAAACCGGUCAUCGAGCAGCUCAGCAAACCGGUCAGCGAACCGCCCAGCAAACCGCCCAACGAAACAAACGUGGGGGAGGAGAGCGAGGCGGACCCAACUACCCCCAGCGCAAACCUGGCAGCGAAUCUGGCCAACCCCGCUAACCCCGCUAACCGGUACGACCAGGCCCUCUUCGCGCGCAGGGACAAACCCGGGUUCGUGGAGCACGUCGCGAAGAGCGCCAUGUUCGCCAUGCAACACAUAAUCGUGCACAACCCGGUGAAGGGCGACUCGGUGCAAAUAAAAAUCGUGCCAUACAACGAGGAAGUGGUCCGCAAGAUGAAGGAGCUUAACCUCUUCCACUGGGACAAGGCGGAAAACAUCUGGACGGUGAAGAAGACGAAUUUUAAAAUCUUCCACACGAGCGUCAUCAAAGGGUUCGACUACAAGUUGUGCUCCUACUACGACUGUUACAAGUUUGCUAAGCAGCGACUCGUGGUGGAGGGGGGCGCCUACUUGGGGAACACCUCCAGUGUGACUUUGGCGAAUUCCAAAAAGGGAGCCACACAAUCUGGUUCGUUAAAAAGAAAGAGGAAAGCACCAGCUAGCGAAACGAAGCAGGUAAAGCAAAACUGCCAAGUGAACUUGUGCUACGAAAGCACAGACUCGUCAUACUCAGACGAGCUCUCUCACAACGUGGAUGCAAGUUACUACGAAGGGAGGGAACAAGUUAACAAAAUAAAACUCAUCGGGGCGGCGAACAACUACUACCGAGAUAUCAUCUACAAUAAGCUAAACAAACUGAAGCAUUUGAAGCCGCCAAAUUUCACCUACGACCCAAAGGGAUUAAUAACGAAAAAUGGGGCAGGCACAAAAGGAAUCGAAAUAUAUGACAUGCCAAGUGAUAUAAACGAAUGGAACAAAAUAAGUUUUUGUAUCGUCCCAGAUGAAAAAGAACACGUAGAUUUGUAUGACCCAAAAAUUUUAUGUAGUCUCGUUAGCGAUGUGUACAUGCUUAAGGAAAAAGCAAUCGAUCUCAUUUUAAAAAAAUUCCAAAGGUGGCCUGAAUACACCGAUGUCUACUGGAAUAGCAUUUGCACUGAAAAUGAAUUCAUUGUGAGGAAUAAAAAUUUUAACACCAGACAAAAGCUAGCUCACGAUAGGCUUUUCAGCAAACAGUUUUUUUAUAUUUUUAACAUUGGGAGUGUGAAGCAGUCCAAUUACUACGAUGCGCUGUUUUUGUGUAAAGCGUUAAUAACUCUUGGCGAGGGGAAGAUUGUGAAGGACCCCCUCGACGCAGAGUACAUUGUCGUUGCCAACUGCAACGAUCCGAACGCCGUCGAGUUUUACAACUCGCUGCAGGGCAGGCAGAAAAAGAAGAAGAAGCUCCCCCUGUUCGUCACCCCCACCUUUAUAUACGACUGCAUUUUGAACUACUCCGUGUCGUACCCCUCCAAGAACAAGAGCCACUUUUCCUUCGCCUAA